AUGUCCUCCACCACACCCCGCCGUGCCCUUUCCCACGCCAACAUCAACCAGAACGUCAAGCAAGCAAAGUAUGCCGUCCGCGGUGAGCUUGCCGUGCGCUCCGAGGAGUAUCGCGCGAAGCUUCAGAAACGUGAAGCCAACGACCUCCCCUUCGACACUGUCAUCGCCGCAAACAUCGGGAAUCCCCAGCAACUGGAUCAGAAACCCAUCACAUUCUUCAGGCAGGUAGCCAGUCUGCUGGAAAACCCCUUGUUGCUGGAGCACGAGGACGUCUUGACUGGUAGCUUAGGCUACAAAAAGGAUGUUCUGGAGCGCGCAAGAACUCUUCUAAAGGAAGUCAAGAGCGUGGGUGCUUACAGUCAGAGCCAGGGCGCGCCAGGUAUUAGAGAGAGCGUGGCUAAAUACAUUGAGCGACGAGACGGCUACCCUGCCAACUUUCACGACAUCUAUCUCAGCAAUGGCGCUUCCUCGGGAGUCAACACUCUUCUGAAUGUCAUCUGCGCCUCGGAAAAGACUGGAAUCAUGGUUCCCAUCCCGCAAUACCCUCUCUACACAGCCACCCUCGCCGUCCUCAAUGCUCGCUGCGUACCAUACUACCUCGACGAGAGCUCUGCUUGGGGAACCAGCCUCGAUGAGGUCCGUUCUGCUUAUGAAAAAGCUGUGUCUGAAGGCACCGAUGUCAAGGCCAUUGCCAUCAUCAACCCGGGCAACCCCACGGGCGCAUCACUCCCUGCCGCUGAUAUCAAGGCUGUCCUCGAAUUCGCGGCCGAAAAAAACAUUGUCGUAAUCGCUGACGAGGUCUACCAAACCAACGUCUUCAUCGGCGAGUUUAUUUCCUUCAAGAAAGCUCUACGCGACCUCCAGAAAGAGAAACCGGGACAGUUCGACCACGUGGAGCUGGCCUCCCUACACAGUGUAUCCAAGGGCAUGGUGGGCGAGUGUGGACACCGUGGUGGCUACUUUGAGCUUGUGGGCUUUGACCCCGAGGUCGCGGCCGAGAUUUACAAAUUCAUCAGCAUUCAAUUAUGCCCACCGGUGCUAGGCCAAUGUAUCGUUGAGCUCAUGGUGAACCCGCCCAAGGAGGGUGAACCUAGCUACGAGCUUUACAGGAAGGAGUACGAUGGCAUUUUUGAAGGUCUCAAGAAGCGCGCAUACGCUUUGUACGAGGCCUUCAAGCAGAUGGAGGGCGUCGAGUGCCAGGAGCCUCAGGGCUCCAUGUACCUCUUCCCAACCAUCACGCUCCCCGCCAAAGCUAUUGAGCAAGCCAAGAAGGAGGGCCGACAGCCCGAUGAGUUCUACUGCUUCCGCAUGCUCGACGCUACAGGCAUCUGCGUUGUCGCUGGCUCCGGCUUCGGCCAGCGCGAGAACACGCUGCAUUUCCGUACCACUUUCCUCGCACCUGGCACCGACUGGACUGGUCGCAUCGUCAAGUUCCACCAGGAAUUCAUGAAGGAGUUCAAGUAG